AUGAGCCACCAUUUCAACUACACGACGUCGCAGAGACGGGCGUCCAGCACUAUCGUCGGGUCCUUGGGACGGUCGGGCCUGUACGUGCCACAGGACUUCAUCAAGUACGGGAAGAAGAAGAUCGGGUCGGUGUUGGAUUCGAUGGAGGACGACUUACACCCGGCAGAGGAGGCCGAGGACGGGGUGGAGGCGGAGUUCGAGCAGGAGGGUGGUGCGUUCGAGAACGAGAGCGUGUUGGUCGCCGACGACAGCAUCGAGUCCGGCGGCGAAGACGGCGACAACGACAACGACACCGAGGCCAUCAUCGAGACGUGGGACGACGCCAUCAAAACAGGGAAAAUCUCCACCACCGUUUCGCUUGAACUGAAAACCUUGGCCCGGUCCUCCGUGCCCUUGGUCAUCACCUUCCUCUUGCAGAACUCCCUUUCCGUCUGCUCGAUCUUCGCCGUCGGUCACAUCUCUUCCGAAGCUCUAGCUGGUAUAACUUUGGGAGCAAUGACCUCGAAUAUCACCGCAAUCGCCACCAUCGCAGGCUUGGCCUCCUCCUUGGACACCUUUUUGCCCCAGGCCUAUGGCGCCAAGAAAUACCACCUCGUGGGUCUCAUUUUCCAGAGAUGUACCGUGCUUAUCUUCACUAUCAUGCUCUUUGUGUGCAUCUCGUGGUGGAUUUGGGCAGAAACCCUUUUGACAAAUUUCUUGCCCGACAAGCAGUCUGCCAUCUACGCCGCCCAGUACUUAAAAGUCACCUCUUUCGGCAUACCCGGCUACAUUCUGUUUGAAACAGGCAAGCGGUUCCUACAGAGCCAGGGCAUCUUCGACGCCUCCACCUAUGUCUUGUUUUUCUGUGCUCCCUUCAACGCAAUCAUGAACUACACCCUCGUCUGGGUCUUGAACUUCGGUUACAUCGGCGCCCCCAUCGCAGUGAGUAUCAAUUACACCUUGAUGGCGCUCGGUUUGUUCGUCUAUACCCUAAACACGAAAAACGAAGCCAACCCAAUGAGAUGCUGGACCAAAUUGGAGUCCAGAAGAAUCUUCAGAAAUUGGGGGGAAUUGAUCAAGCUUUCCAUCCCAAACUUAAUCAUGAUCAUGUCUGAGUUCUUGUCCUUCGAAAUCUUGACUUUACUGGCCUCCUACCUGGGCACAGUCCCUUUGGCCGCGCAAUCAAUCAUUGCCACCAUGGCUUCUUUGACCUACCAAAUCCCUUACGGUGUUUCGAUCGCUUCAUCGACCAGAAUCGCAAACUUCUUAGGUGCCCAACUACCGAAAUCGGCUUACACAACCUGUAAAGCUACAUUUGUCUUCACAGCGUCAAUCGCCUUGCUUAACUUCUCCUUCCUCUUUUUCGGUCGUAACCUCAUCGCCCAAUGGUUUUCCAAUGACUUAAAAGUCAUCAAGUUGGCCGAAGAUGUUUUUCCCUUGAUUGCACUCAUGCAGGUCUUUGACGCUUUGAAUACAACCAGUGCAGGUUGCUUGAGAGGACAAGGAUUGCAAAGGAUCGGAGGAUACGUGAAUUUGUUCUCUUACUACGUCGUCGGUCUACCUUUGGGUGCAUAUCUUGGAUUCUGCUGGCCAAACAAAGAAAACCCUUCUGGCCUUACUGGCCUGUGGACCGGCUCGACUUUUGCAUUGAUCAUCAUCGGGUUUGUCCAGAGUUACUUCUCCUUGCAUGCAGAUUUUGAUCAGCUCGUCAUUGAUGCAAUUAAUAGAAGCAACUCUGACUAA